AUCGCGGAAGUAGCCGUGAUUUUGAAGACUUGUUUUUCUCCAUCCCCCAGUAGAUAGUCUAUUUCGAAAGCAAAAGUAAUUAAUUAAUGCGAAUACAUAGGCAAAGGAGAAGCAUAAAUACGACAUGUUACAAUGUAUAGCUAGCUAGCUAACUUUUAUAUGUUUAUAUGUUGACAUUACGCUUGUCACACAUAAAUAACAUAUUUGCUCGUCAGAUAGCGGCUAGCCUAACGUUAGCUAGUUAGCUAAAUAUGUUUUUGUGUUAACUAGCAUGCUAUCUGCACUGUUUACGUGCCUGUACUAGUUCCAAUGACAACUAGCUAAUCGUUUUCCUAGCAUUUCAACACAUAGAAAGUUAGUUUGUUCACACUGCUCAAGUUAAGUUAAGUGCAAUGACCGGUGCCUCCACUUUCAAGUAAUUGCUGGUCUAAGUGAUGUUCAGAUUGACUGGUCUGUAUAGUAUAGUACGCAGGGCAGUCUGCAAUGGCACAGAGGACAUCGUGAAAGGCAAAUUCUUCUACGCUGUGAGGAAAGGAUUCAAACCUGGCGUUUACAAAACCUGGGAUGAAUGUAAGAGCCAAGUCGACAAGUUCCCAUAUGCCAGCUACAAGAAGUUUGCAGCAGAAAAGGAUGCAUGGGCAUUUGUCAGAAGCCUAGCAACCUCGAUAACGCCAGACCUGUCAGAGGGAGCCAGCUAUGAGGCAACACUCCCUAGAAGAGCACCGAAGGCCCUUGAGUACAUACCCAUUGGUCAGAAGAGGCACUAUGAUCACAUAGACGAGGAGGAGGUGUCCCCCGCCGAACAGAGUCAAUACAGCAGCCCAUCUUCAAAAAGCUCUGAUGGAUUCACCUACAUUGGUACAGACAUUCUCAUUGGGUUAUUAAUGUUGCAGAUUGAAAUGGUCACUGUCAAUGUUUUUGGGGUGAAUAAAGGGGGGGGAAACAAAGUGUUGUCUUUUCCUCCAGGGGAUGCAGUGGUGGUGUACACAGAUGGUUGCUGUUCAGGCAAUGGGAAGGCCGGGGCCAGAGCUGGCAUCGGAGUGUACUGGGGACGUGACCAUCCCAUGAAUGUAGCUGAACCCCUGGAUGGAAGACAGACCAACCAGAGAGCCGAAUUACAGGCAGCAUGUAAAGCCUUGGAGCAGGCCAAAGAGAUGAACAUCAAGAAGUUGGUGCUUUAUACAGACAGCAAGUUCACCAUAAACGGUGUCACCAGCUGGGUGAAGAACUGGAAGCUGAACAACUGGAGGCUCAACUCUGGUGGCCCCGUCAUCAACAAAGAGCACUUUGAAAAACUUGACAAGCUGAAUGAAGAGCUGGAGGUUGUAUGGUUGCACAUCCCGGGCCACGCUGGGUACUCAGGGAACGAGGAGGCCGACAGGCUGUCCAGAGCGGGAGCAGCGAAACACUUAGAUUAGCCAAAGGAAGAUGAUCUCAUUUACUGCUCCUGGGCAGUUCAUUCAACAUUUGGAUUAUGAUUUUGAAUGGAAUAUGGGAAUUAUAUAUUGUCUGUUCGGUUGGGCUACAAUGUUCUAAAUGUUCUGAAAUAACAUCUAUUUCCAUCCUG